CUUUAUAUAAAUUUCCAACCCAUCUGAAGUUGUUUUCCACUGUUCCUAAUUCGGUACUGAGUCAGCAUGAAGAAGAUCACUCCUUCUCCAUUUCUCUUCUUUUCAUUCCUUCUGCUAUGCUUCACAUCCCUUGCUUUUGGACAAAAUAUCACUCACCCAGACGAAGUGAAAGCUCUGAAAGAUAUAGGCAACAUCCUUGGUAAUAAGAACUGGGACACAAAUAUAGAUCCAUGCAGUAAUAAACCUCCCUGGAAUGUAACUAUUGACAAAGACAAAGCCAACUAUGUCAGAUGCAACUGUUCUAUCUCCAUUGACGGCUUUUGUCAUGUUGUUUCAAUAAUGCUGAAAACACAAAAUCUUUCAGGCACUCUCCCACCUGAAUUGACAGGGCUACCUCACCUUGAAGAAAUUGACCUCACUCGCAAUUAUCUUAAUGGAACAAUACCUGUUGCAUGGGGCUCCUCCAAACUUCGCAUUAUUUCUCUUCUUGGAAAUCGACUUACUGGUCCCAUCCCAAAAGAGAUUGGAAACAUCACAACCCUCGAAAGUUUGGUCCUUGAAUUCAAUCAAUUCACUGGAAAUAUUACAUCGGAUCUUGGAAACCUUUCUAACCUCCAAAGAUUGCAUCUUACUUCUAACAACUUCACUGGAGAACUUCCUGAAACUUUGGCUAAGCUUACAUCAUUGAGAGAGCUCCGUCUUAAUGACAAUAACUUCUCUGGAAGGAUACCCAGUUUUAUUCAAAGAUGGACAAAUCUUGAAAUAUUAGAAAUUCAAGGUAGUGGUUUAAGUGGGCCAAUUCCUUCUGAAAUUUCAUUUCUGCACAACUUAGAUGAUUUGAGAAUUACUGACUUGACUAAUGGAUCGGAUUCCACUUUCCCACAAAUUAAUAAUAUGACAAAGUUGGAAACACUGAUACUAAGGAACUGCCAAAUUAGCGACGAAUUACCUCCGUAUCUUGGGAGCAUGACAAGCAUUAACAUGAAAACCUUAGACCUAAGCUUUAACAAAUUACGCGGAGAGAUUCCAGAGACAUUUGAAAAGCUAUUAUCAAUACCCACACGCGUAUAUCUCACUGGAAAUCUACUUAAUGGAACACUACCUUCGUGGGUAGCUAAUGGAGUUAAAUCUGGGAAAUCAAUAGAUCUUUCAUACAACAAAUUCACCGAUAAAAACUCCGAAGCAUGCCAAGAGACUGAAGGCGAAAUGAACUUGUUUGAAAGCUUCCCAAUGAGCCAAAGGGGAGCUGUUACUUGUCUGACUAGUGGAAACUGUACGACAACCUUUGAUUAUUUCCAUAUAAAUUGUGGUGGUGAACAAGUGAAAAGUAGUGAAGGUAUACUAUACGAUGAAAACUCGGAUCCAUCGGGAGCAGCAACAUCUAAAAUGCCCAAAGAAAACUGGGCAUUUAGCAAUACCGGUCAUUUCUUGGAUGCUAAUACUAAUGCAAAAGUCUAUAUCCAAAAAAGUCAAAAUACGCUUUCUAUGACAGACUCUGCAUUGUAUCGGACUGCACGUGUAUCUCCCAUUUCCUUGACUUAUUACGGAACGUGUCUGAAAAAUGGAGAGUACACAGUAUCACUGCAUUUUGCAGAGAUCGUGUUCACUGAUGAUAACACAUAUAGCAGUCUUGGAAGACGUAUAUUUGAUGUUUACAUUCAGGAAAAGCUAGAAUUGAAGGAUUUCAAUAUUGCAAAUGAAGCAGGAGGAGUUGGAAAGAACAUCACAAAAAGAAUUUCAACUACUGUUAGUAAUGGAACUUUAAACAUUCGGUUUUAUUGGGCUGGAAAAGGAACAACUGCUAUCCCAUAUAAAUCAGUAUAUGGGCCUCUUAUAUCAGCUAUAUCUGCCACUCGUGUAAACAGUUCCAGCAAAGGUCCACGUGACAUGGCUAUGGGGGUUGUAAUUGGGAUAGCAGUUUCUGCAAUAAUAUUUGUCAUACUUGUUGUACUUGCCUGGAGACUUCAUAUUGGCAAAAGAAAUUCAUUAACAAAAGAGUUAAAGCAUUUAAAUUUGCAAGUGGGUUUGUUUACUAUGCGUCAAAUAAAAGUUGCAACGAAUAACUUUGAUAUUGCUAAUAAGAUUGGAGAAGGAGGCUUUGGUCCUGUCUACAAGGGUACUUUAUCGGAUGGCACAACAAUAGCAGUUAAGAUGCUUUCAUCAAAGUCUAAGCAAGGGAACCGUGAGUUUAUAAAUGAGAUAGGGUUGAUUUCUGCUUUGCAACACCCUUGUCUUGUCAAACUUUACGGUUGUUGUGUUGAGGGAAAUCAGUUGUUGCUGGUUUACGAAUAUCUGGAAAACAAUAGUCUUGCACAUGCUUUAUUUAGAAAUGAAGAAUCUUGUUUGCGAUUGGAUUGGCCAACCAGGCACAAGAUUUGUGUUGGUAUAGCUAGAGGUUUGGCUUUCCUACAUGAAGAAUCAAGAUUAAAAGUUGUUCACAGAGACAUAAAGGCUACUAAUGUGUUGUUAGACAAAGAUCUUAAUCCUAAGAUAUCUGAUUUUGGUCUUGCAAAGCUUGAUGAUGAAGACAACACUCACAUAAGCACAAGAAUAGCUGGGACUUAUGGAUAUAUGGCUCCAGAAUAUGCAAUGCAUGGUUAUUUAACUGAUAAAGCAGAUGUGUAUAGUUUUGGAGUGGUUGCCUUGGAAAUUGUUACUGGAAAGAGUAAUACCAUCCCGAGACCCAAGCAAGAAGCAUUGCAUCUUUUAGAUUGGGCACAUAUAUUGAAAGAGAAAGGGAAUCUGAUGGAGCUUAUUGAUAGAAGAUUAGGAACAAAUUUCAAUGAAAAAGAGGUUAUGAUGAUGAUAAAAGUGGGUCUUCUGUGCACAAAUGCCACUGCAAACCUUAGACCUACCAUGUCAUCAGUUCUUAGCAUGCUUGAAGGAAAAACUGUGAUUCCAGAAUUUGUUUCAGAUUCAUCUGAAGUAAUGGAUGAAAAGAAGCAAGAGGCUAUGAGACAAUAUUACUCUCAAAUGGAAGAAAAUGAGAUCAAUGAAACACAUAGAUAUGAUAGUUCAUCAAAAGAUGGGCCAUGGACUGCUUCUUCUUCAUCAGCUGCAGAUUUAUAUCCUGUCCAUACUGAUUCUUCUUAUUGGGAGAAAAGAAAUUAGAAGGGUGUAAUUUUGUUUUCACACUAUUUUCCAAACCAUAAUUGUGAUAUUAUAUAUUAAUUAUGAUAAGGUUUUUAAUAGUUAUUGUAAUGAUUAGUUAACAUAAUGUGUUACACUCUUUACCAACUAUAUAAU